GGCAGCCUUGUUUUGGAGCUCCAGGCUGUUGCAGUCGCGGCUGCUUUCAGUGGCUCUACCCGGCAGACGGUGGUCGUGAGGCGCGCUGUUGGGCCCCUCCGCGGACAGACAUGUCGGCCUUCAGCACGGAGCUCAUCGACUACCUGGAGGGGAAGAUCACCUUCGAGGAGUUCGACCGGAGGAGAGACGAGCGGAGUGCUCGGGAUGGAGACGAUGUGACUGAGGACGUGGAGGAGGACGUUCAGCCUUCCACCUCGGAGCACGUCUCCAAAAUCGAUGGAGUCAGUCCCGGAGUCCAGCUCGCCUUCGCCUCCAUCCUGGGGGAAACAGUAGAGCCUCCAUCUUCAGAAGAUGAUGAGGAGGCAGAAGUGGAGGAAGGUGAAGAGGAGGAGGAGGACAGCCUGAGCUAUGUGGAUGAUGAUGCAGACAAAGACUUCCAUGUGGGCAAGGAGGAAAAAGAGCAGUGGAAAGAGGAGAUAGAGGCAGAGAUGAAGACGCGACGAGGCGGGAGAAGGAAGAAGAAGAGGAAGCUGGAUGAGGAAGAGCAGGACAAAGAGGCAGAGGACGUGACAGUGGGCGACGUGUUCGCACUGGAGAUGGAGCUCAACCGAGAAAACAAGAAGAUGAUGAAGGGGCGACGACAGGGCAGCAAACUUCCUCGAGCUCUCCGCGGUCUGAUGGGUGAAGCUAACAUCCGCUACGCUCGAGGGGAGAAGGAGGAUGCCAUCAUGAUGUGCAUGGAAAUCAUCCGGCAGGCUCCUCUGGCCUACGAGCCGUUCUCCACCUUAGCCAUGAUCUAUGAGGACGAGGAGGACAUGGACAAAGCGUUGCAGUUCGGGUUAAUCGCCGCCCAUCUGAACCCAUCGGACUGCGAGGAGUGGGUCCGACUGGCCGACAUGUCUCUGGAGCAGGACAACAUCCGACAGGCCAUCAUCUGCUACUCCAAAGCGAUCAAAUACAAUCCGACCAACGUGCGCUACCUGUGGGAGCGCUCCAGCCUGCACAUGCGGCUGGGGGAGCACCGGCAGUGCAUGGAUGGGUACCGCCGCAUCCUGUCGCUGCUGCCGCUGGAGGACGGCGAGCACUUCAUGCAGCUGUCCAAGGACAUGGCCAAGAGUUACUACGAGAGCAACGACCUGGCCUCGGCACUCAGCGUGGUGGAGGAAGCUUUGGAGCGACACCCCGACCUGGUCAGCGACGAUUUCAUCAACAUGACUGCAGAGCUUUACAUCUCCAACCACCAGUACCACAAGGCCCUGCAGGUCCUGGUCCGGUUUUCAGGUGUUGUUCUGCUUCGAGCUGAAUCCAAAACUCUGGAUGAGGGAGAGUCUGAAAAAAGCAAGCAGCAGCAGGAGGAGCAGGAGCAGAAAGAGAAGCAGGAGAAGAAAGAGGAGGAGAAGGAGGAAGAGCAGCUGCAGCAGGAGGAGAAGAAGGAGGAGGGUGAAAGUUCAAAGCCUAAAGAGGAAACUCAAGCAGAAGACAAAGGUGAAAUCAGGGAUGUGGGGGUACCAGACAGCGUCCCUGUGGAUCUGAGGGCCAAACUCAUCGUGUGCCUGAUCCACCUGCAAGUCUACUCCCCUGUGGAGAAUCUGGUGACGACGCUGAUGGAGCAGAGCCCGGAGGAGAUCGGAGACUUGUACCUGGACGUAGGCGAGGCAUACCUGGAGGAGGGGCAGUACAUGGCAGCUCUGCCCCUGCUGUCUUCCCUGGUCAUCUCAGAGAAGUACAACCUGGCUGUGGUGUGGCUGCGACACGCAGAGUGUCUGAAGGCUCUGGGCCACAUGUAUGCGGCAGCAGACAGCUACACCAAGGUGGUGGAGAUGGCCCCUCAGCACCUGGAGGCCCGGCUGUCCCUGGCCACCCUGCAGCAGCAGCUGGGACGCAUGGACCUGGCCCUCCAGGCUCUGGAGUCCAUGUACGACAGCGACACGCUGGCUCAGGACUCAUCCGCCGCACAGAAGGAGUUAAAGCUGCUGCUGCAUCGCUCCACUCUGCUGAAGACACAGGGACAAGUCCAGGACUAUCUGGAUGCCAUGAUCACCAUGAUCUCCAUGCUGCUCAAGGUGGCCAUGCAGCGAGCUAAAGUGUGUGUGCGCUCUGGAACCGUGUCUGGUCAGACUCACCUGAGGCUGGUGAAGGUGAAGGACAUGAUGCCUGAGUUUGCCGACCAUGAAACCGCCUAUCUGGACAACACUGGUAAAACCAACGUGCUGUCCAAGGAGGACUGGUGGCAGCUGCUGGUGAGCUGCGUGCUGACGCUGUGCGAGGUGCAGCGCUUCGCGGAGGCCGAGCUGAUGGUGGACUCGGCCAUGGAGUUCUACUCCUUCUACGACAACAAGCCGCUCAGGAAGGAGCUGGAGUUCUUCGGCCUGUCCGCCACCAUGCUGGACCGCAACUACUACAAGGCUUACAACUACAUCAGAUUGAUGCUCAUGGAAAAUGUUGAGCUUCCUCAGCUUUGGAACAUUUUCAAUCAGAUGACGAUAACUUCCCAGCACCAGCGCCACCAUCGCUUCUGCCUCCGUCUUCUGCUCAAACACCCGGAUAACCACGCACUGUGCGUCCUCUGUGGACACAACGCCAUGGUGUCCGGGAGCUUCAAACAUGCCCUCGGUCAGUACGUCCAGGCCUUCCAGACUCACCCCGACAACCCCCUGCACAGCCUAUGUGUGGGCCUCACCCUCUUCCACAUGGCCUCUCAGAAGUACGUGGCCAAGCGCCACAUGCUGGUGCUGCAGGGGUUCUCCUUCCUGUGGAGGUACCUGGAGCUGCGGGGAGAGUGUCAGGAGAGCCUGUACAACCUGGGCCGAGCCCUGCACCAGAUGGGCCUCACACAUCUGGCCAUCCAUUACUACCAAAAGGCCCUGACGCUACCUGCGCAGCAGCUGGAGGGCAUCGCCACCGAUCAGGUGGAUCUGAGGAGGGAGAUCGCCUUCAACCUGUCGCUCAUCUACCAGGCCAGCGGGAACAUGGAGAUGGCCCGCCAGCUCAUCUGCACACACUGCACGGUCUGACUGAGCACGCCGGUUCAGCAUCAGGAGCUCACUGACUUCUAGAGCCUGCUGCCGUUCGUGGUUACAUGCGGGUGGAAUUGGGCGUGUAGGUUUGAACGUUCGUCCAGAGACGAGGCCACAGCCGCUCCUGAAGCUGGUCAGUGGUGGAAAACAAGACUGAAGAUAAAGAUGCCAUAAAACGAACUUUAUUUUUUUAGAUUUGUUUCAAGAAGUACAGGAAGGUCAUCUUUAUUUCUUUAUUGAGUUUUCAUGAUAAAUAUGUUGGAAUAGCAAACGUGAUGCUGUUUUACAAUGUUCAGGUGAUUUAAAUAUGGAGUAAAUAAAUCCUAAGUUUUUUCAUUAACUUUACUUUUUUUUGUUGUAGCAUUUUAAAAACCAUCUCAUAUUUAUUUUGCCCUAUUCUUCACUUAGAUUGUAUUCAGAGCUAUUUCUAUUUUUAGAGUUUUGAUAUUGCAGAUUUUUCAGCACCAAACAUUUGAAAAUUCUAUUUUGGAUUGAUUUGGUUUUUUAAAAUUUCCCCAUUUAAUCACAGAAUUCUGAGAGAAUCAGGAUUGGGAGAAAAGGUCACAAUUCAUCUUCCAUGAAAUGAAGACUAAUGAAGCUCUAAGAUGGAUAUUUCAUUUUAUUUUUCAUUUAUAUGAAUCAUUUUAUUUUAAUCUGGAUGUUUUUUUUUCAAAUUGUUUGUUGGAAUUUAAACUUAACUGAAUAUGUUUUUAAUUUCUUUUUAAUUAAGCUUUUGUACUUCGCCAUUUACGAUCCACAUCUAGAGUUCAUGACAAGUACCUAAUAUUAUGUUUUUUUUAUUUAAUUAAAAAAAUUUAUUUAACAUAUUUUUUUCUGAAUGUAUUAACAUCUUUCUGAAUAUUUUUUUUCACUUUAAAGACUUUAAGUGCCAAAUAUUUCAUUCCCCUCCGAACACAGGAUCAAAUUAUUUAUCUUUUGUUUUCACACAGAGGUUCAACAAUAACACAGGACAGACUUUCUCCUUUGUUUACCGCAGGGAUUAAAUCUGGGAUUAUUCCCCAAAUCCCUCUGCGUCUCCAUGCUGGCAGCGUUCCUUUACAGUCACUGUAUUCAGGCGGUCUCCAGUAUUCAAUGUCACUGGCCUGGAAAUAGACUGACCCACCCCUGUUCAUGUUGUGCUCUCCCUCCGCUGGGUGACACUUUAUCCUCACAUGCCCCCUUUUAAGCCCCGCCAGCCUUCCAGUGUGGACAUGCUACGGCCGAGGAUUAGGACCACCACACACACUCACACUGUAAAAACACUUCUUUUUCUCAAAGUGAGGAAAAUGUCAGACUUGAUAAGUCUGAAUAUUUGUAGAAUUUAGAGAAAACGGUCUGAACUUUGACCUAAAUUUCAGAAUUCUGAGGGGAAAAAAAUAAGGACUUUAAGUGACAUCAGUUCAAUUCAGCUUUAUUUAUGAAGUGCAAAUUACAGCAUAGUCUUUUCUCGACACUUUUACCGAGCAACCCAACUGAUCCACAUGAGCAAGCUUAAGUGACUGUGGAAAGGAAAAAAACUCCCUUUUGACAGGAAGAAACCUUGGCCUUAUCAAUAUUUUUCUUUUAAUCCCAGAAUUCUGAGAGAAAGUUGCAAUUCCUACAUCCAUAUUUUUUUAAGGAGAAUAUUACAAUUCUGUCUUGAAACUGAGAAAACUGAAAAAAGAUUCCCUGAACAGAGGAGGCUUUUGACUCUAAUCUUAGAAUUUCAAGUAAAAAGUGGUCAUUCAGCGGAUCAAAUCUCUGGCUUGUGCUUCAAAAUAAAAUUGAAAAAGAAUUCAGAAAAACAAAAGGUCAGAUUUUUAACUUAAAUUCCAGAAUUUUAAUGGAAAAAGCCAUAACUUUAUUAAUGUCAAAAUUGCAAAAAUAAAUA